GAUAAUUAGGAGAACCCUAUUGCUUGACUUUAUUUUUCUAAGGUAAUUGCUUGACUUUCCUAAUUAAUCUACGUAGUAUUUGGGGGUGUGUUUUCCUGUAACAAAAAAAAAUCCAAAAUUGAUUCAUUCUCAGUAAAGACUUCCGGUAAAAAACACCAUGAAAUUUUAACAGCCUAACUUCUUACUUCUGGUGAAACCCUAACUUUCACUUAGCUGCUACGAGUGCCCGGCUCAGCCACCGACCUCCGACCUCUUGCGUCGCCCCACUGACAUGACCUCCGGCCUCUUGCAUCGCCCCACUGACCCUCCUCUACUCGAUUGCUCAUUAAAAAGUGCAUUCAGUCCUUUACAACCCUAAACCCUAACUCCUUUACAACCCUCGAUUGCUGCUCGUGUGUUGCCCGCCGGAUCCGGCUCCGACUCCUCUUUUCUUCCGAGUUCCGACUGCCGUAGCGUUUCCCCACUCGCAACUCGCCCUCCUCAUCUCCUCUGCUUGACUGCUCCUGCUCCUCGUUUUAAGAAAACCCAGGAAACGUCACUGCCUUGAAAAUGAGUUUGGAAAAGGGUCUUCAACUCUACAGGAAAAAAAAUAGGAUUAUCGAUGCUAUCAAGUUAACUAUGAAUCAUAGUGUAACUUGUUUUCGAGACAACUCUGCUGAAUCUGCAAAGAUAAUUCAGUUUUCUUCCAUUAUUCAUACAUUUGCUUCGGUAUUUCCUCGGUUAGGUUUACCUGCACAAUUACCAGGUAGAUUAGAGUUCAUGGUAGAGAGGUUACUUGAUGCAAACAUGGUGGACGAGGUUUUAGAGUUGACCAGUGCACCAUAUCCCGCAAAUUUGAAGAUUCCCUUUCUAGAGCUACGGAUGCGGGCCUAUUAUGUUGCUAGGGACAUGGAUGGAUUUUGGGAGGUUGCUCGAGUGUGGGAACAAAAUGCGUUGUUUGCUUAUACUGAAACAGCUUAUAUCUAUGGGACUAAGUUGUUGGAAUAUGGAUCUCUGCACAAGGCGAUUAAUGCCUUUACAUCAGGCUUUAAUAUGGCUGAAAGUGAAGAAAAAAAGAAAAAGAUGGAAGAUAUGCUUACGGAGGCAGAGAGAAGAAUGGAAGUUUUAAGAGAACAUGCACCAUUGGAAGAAAUUGUACCAGUUGUAGAAGAAAAUGUUCCAGGAGAUUUUCAAAAGGUAGCACAAGAUGAUCACCAACAAGCUGAACAUGAAUCCGAAAGACAUGAAAAAGAGCUUUUGGAGGAGGAGGAUGUGAGAAUCACUGCGGAAUUAAAGAAGAAAGCCAAGAAAAAAGAAAAGAGGGAAGCCAAGAAAGAAGAAAAGAGGAAAGCCAAGCAACUCUCAAUGGUCAAGAAAGCUGUGGAGGUAGCACAUGAGUCGGAUGAAAAGGUUUUGGAGGAAAACAAAGAAAAGGGAAGUGGAUCAAAUUUGGUCGAAGAAAGAGAACCGCUGGAGUUUGAGCAGACUCUUUCUGUUACAAUGGAGUACCUUGAUGGAAAUUCUUUCCUGGGAUCUACAAUGAUUAAUAACAUUGCAAAAGUAAAAAAGUCAUUCAUUGUAGCUGAGCCGUCGCAUAUAGAUAACAUUCAAGAGCUCGUUCCUUUGUGUCUUACUCAUGACAAUCUUUUGAAGAUUGAUCAAGUCUUGAAGACUUUGAAAGGUAGACAUAUGCUUCUGUCUAGUGAGGAAGUAUGCAGCAUUGAAUAUUUUUUUACGCAAAAAUUGAAUGAGAUUGCCCCUCAAUCACAAGAAUCUUGGUGGGAAGCUAUCAAAGAUAUGUUUUGGAAAAUAUUCAGAGGUUUGAUUCGGGGACUCAUGCAUUUGUUCGUAAGGGGUAAAUCUUGUGGAGAGUUGGUGUUCAGUGCGUUUGUCACGUCAAAAGGAGAAGGUCGAAUUGUUCCAUCUAUGAAACAGGCGAAACAACAACAAGACUUGAGUGGAUUGGUAGAUUUAAUGAAAACCGUGAUCGGACUUCCUUUUCCUCGCCAAAGCGAUCUCCCCUUUCUCCCUUAUCACUUGAAACACUUUUUCGAUCUGAUCAAUAAGGCUGAUGCGUUCAUUCCUCUGGAAUUCUUAAUUGAUCAUCCUUAUUUCUGGAAUGUGGCGGAAAAGAUUGAUUUUACAUUUAAACUAAGGAACUUAGUUAAGCAAAAAACUGCAAAAAUUCGUUCAAGACUUGAUUCUUUGGAUUAUUUCAUUACAUGGUGGGAUAACCUUAGCGAUGUGUAUCAAUUAGUAUAUGUUGCGGCUGCGAAGCGCAAAAUGAACAAACCAUACAAACAAAAUGUUGAUAUUGUGCGGUAUUUUGGUGCUGUUUACACUCAUAUAAAUGAGUAUGAAUACAAAGCUGCUCGAAAGCACAAGAGAUUUACAGAUGAAAAGAUCGAGUCAGAUCUUGCAAAGAUUUUUCCUAACUUUUACGUAAACAUGUUUUACUGCUUGUGCUCUUGCAUAAGUAAGAGGACACUAGACUAUACAGAUUUUAAGGACGUAUCUCCGGUUCUUUCUCUUGUUGCCUGAAGUUCCUGAAGAAGAGAUUGUGUAGCUUUUGCUCCCUCCUCCUGUUCUCUUUAUCUAACUGUAAUUAUGCCAAGUUAUGGCCUAUAGGUUCCUAAAUUACUGUAUCAACUGCUGUAUUAGUGCAACUUUUAUACAGCAUCUUUUGAACUUCUAUAAGAGCUCCAUGCUCUAUAUGCUGUGCCUAACUGUCUUUUGUCAAGGAGGCUUAGGUCUACUUGUAUAUAUUUCUCUAUUUUGCAAAAAAAAUGUACUAGUAUUACUUAGGAUAUAUCGAUGAAGAUUAUACAUGUUAACCAUUUGACCUUCUGUAAAAGCUGCGAACCUUGUCUUAAUUUAUUCAUGUCUUGGGGAUUAGGAUCA